AUGAUGAUGAUGAUGAUGAUGAUGAUGAUGAUGAUGAUGAUGAUGAUGAUGAUGAUGAUGAUGAUGAUGAUGAUGAUGAUGAUGAUGAUGAUGAUGAUGAUGAUGAUGAUGAUGAUGAUGAUGAUGAUGAUGAUGAUGAUGAUGAUGAUGAUGAUGAUGAUGAUGAUGAUGAUGAUGAUGAUGAUGAUGAUGAUGAUGAUGAUGAUGAUGAUGAUGAUGAUGAUGAUGAUGAUGAUGAUGAUGAUGAUGAUGAUGAUGAUGAUGAUGAUGAUGAUGAUGAUGAUGAUGAUGAUGAUGAUGAUGAUGAUGAUGAUGAUGAUGAUGAUGAUGAUGAUGAUGAUGAUGAUGAUGAUGAUGAUGAUGAUGAUGAUGAUGAUGAUGAUGAUGAUGAUGAUGAUGAUGAUGAUGAUGAUGAUGAUGAUGAUGAUGAUGAUGAUGAUGAUGAUGAUGAUGAUGAUGAUGAUGAUGAUGAUGAUGAUGAUGAUGAUGAUGAUGAUGAUGAUGAUGAUGAUGAUGAUGAUGAUGAUGAUGAUGAUGAUGAUGAUGAUGAUGAUGAUGAUGAUGAUGAUGAUGAUGAUGAUGAUGAUGAUGAUGAUGAUGAUGAUGAUGAAUUAA